GACGCAGACGAUUUUGUGAAGUUGAGGAAGGAGGAAGUUGCUGGAUUGUAAAGAUAUUUUUUCAAAAUAAUCUAUCUGGUAGUUAUGCUGGGAAAAAGUGUUUUGGUGCUUUGGAUUUUACUGUUUGACAUAGCAGAUCUAGAUUCUAACAUUUGCCCAACGACAAACAAUGCAGAAAGAUGCUGUGCUGGUUAUAGAAAAAUAAAUGACAGCUGCGCAGUGUGUUUUGGUUUCUUUGGAGAUAAUUGCCAAACACCAUGUCCUAACGGCUCUUAUGGUAGGAAGUGUGAGGAAACUUGCAGCUGUACUACGGAGGAAUAUUGCAACCAAUAUGUCGGAUGCCUGCCAUAUAUGACCAAGAAGAAUGUUUCACUUUCAGAGCAAUCAUCCACACAUAUGACCAAGAAGAAUUUUUCACUUUCAGCGCAAUCAUCCACACAGGUAAACACGAGCAUCGAUAAAGAGGACAUACAAGAUUGGAUCGACUGCGAGACUUUAACUGUGGUCUUUUAUGUCCUCUGCGGUUCUCUGGCGUUUGUCAUCCUUUCCUGCGUUGUGACGUUCUGUUGGUGGAGGUGUUCAAAAACUUCUCAACAGAAUUCAGGAUGCGACAAAUUUCCAGACUCGGCAAACCGAAAUGAAAAUCCGAGUGUACGAACGAGAAAUGGAGACUCUGUAAAUCUGGACCAUCUUUCUCGCUCACGUGACUCGAACACACUCUCUAAUCACUACGACCGGUGCCAGUUCACCAGAGGAGAAAUAAUAAACAAUCCUCCGGGAGAAUAUAGUGUGUGUGGCUUGAACAAUAAACAACAUUUUGGCAGCUGUGAAUCGAAUAACAUUUCCAGUUUUAAAAAUAAUGCAACGACAGUUUCUGGACCCGAGUUUGCUGCAUGUAAUAUGGGAGCUCACUGUCCCUCGAUUAAUGCGCCAUCCACAUCUACUCAUCCCACGAGGCCAUACAGUCUAGUGAAACAAGAUAGAGAAGAUGCAGACAAAAGAUUCAAUUUCGCUUCCGCUGAAGCAGGAUCCAAAGAUGACGAUGGAUACCACAGACUUAUUCCACUGUAAUGAAGUUCAAUGUACCUACAACCAUUUCAUAUCAAACCAGACAUUUUUACGUUCUUUAUAUUUUAUUUAUAGUACGAUCUAUAAGAGUGGUAUAUUGAUAUUUAAAUCCUCCACAUCUUUGCAGUACAGUAGGAUUACAUGUAAAAUUAGCUAUGAAACUCCUGCUCAUAUGUCUGUCGAUAUCUCAUUCAUCAAAAUUAAAAUUACAGAUACCUUUAUGCGACAUUUUGAAUAGUAGAAUCAUAGAGGGGAGAACUUGGUAUGGUACUCAUUUUUGUCAUGCAAUUGUGCCUUCAGGAUUAUUAACACACAAUACUGGCUUUCUUCAAUUAAGGUGAAGAUAACGAACAGUGAUCAAUAUCAUAACUCCUAUAAGCAAUACAAAAUAGAGAGUUGGGCAAACACUGACCCCUGGAUAUACCAGAGGUAUGAUCAGGUGCCUAGGAGGAGUAAGCAUCCCCUGUCGACUGGUCACACCCGCCGUGAACCCUAUAUCCCGAUCAGGUAAACGGAGUUAUCCAGGUGAUAUGCAGGUUCUAAAAAGCACGUAGUAUCCUUUUUCAAAGUAAGGGUGAGUUAACUUCACAUUGUCUAAAAAUUCAUCACAAACUCCCACCCCAUUCUAAAAAACCUUGAAUUCGUAGUUCUGUCUAAACCUCAGCAUCCAAAAUUGAGGAGAGCGGCGGUGAGGGGACAAAAGAUCAAUCCUUCAGUACACGGCUUCAUUUAAUCGGUUCAAGCCUUCAAUUACCAUUCAUCAAUGAUAUGAAAUGGGGACAACCAGCCAUUAAAUUCAAUUUUGCUUUUAAAAGUAACGGACUUUGCAUAUACACAUAUAAGUAUGACAGAAAAUGCACAUUGUCAGAUUGGGGGUGACUGUGUCAGAUUGGGAAUGACUGUGUCAGAUUGGGGGUGGUUGUGUCAGAUUGGGGGUGACUGUGUCAGAUUGGAGGUGGUUGUGCCAGAUUGGGGGUGACUGUAUCAGAUUGGGGAUAACUGUAUCAGAUUGGGGGUGGCUGUGUCAGAUUGGGAGUGACUGUGUCAGGUUGGGGGUGGUUGUGUCAGAUUGGGGGUGGUUGUGUCAGCACCCCCUUCCCCUCUUGCUACGUGUCUGCUGCAUUCAAACACGAGGAAACAUGUACAUAAUAUUUACUAUCUGACAGAUACAGAGUUCACGUGUGAUGAUUCGUAUCUCUUGAGGUGUGCAAGGUUCAGUAUCUAGAUGUACCACAUGCACACGCACACACUAUACUACACUGUUGGUUUUGACAGCGCUACCUGUAUAACAGUCUUAUUCUGAUGUAUGAAUUUAGCAAAGCGGUUAACAAAUAACAUCCACUGUUCUUGUUAGUUACCUUGAGAAACAUCUCAUUGGUAUGGUACAGUUAUAUAAUAAUCAAGUAACAAUAUACUAGUGGGUAUAACGAUGUGAAAAGAAUCAUUUGACCAAAUAUGGAGGAUGGACAAGCAUAAUUAUAAUAUCUUAUAAGUUUCUUAGGCUCAGUGCCUUUAUCAAAAGCCUUGCUAAAUUACAUAAUGCUUUUCUGUUAUUGAGAAAAGUUGCACAAGUUUGAACAUGAAUGGUCGAGUAAAAUAAUAUCGUUUGAUGUAUGUUUUUCGUAAACUUUGAUUUCCGUAAAUUAGUAUUUUUUAUUAAUAUAUUUUUCUGUGAAUAUUUGUAAAUAAAUUAUUAACUUUU